UCCGUCUCUCUCGACACUAUUCGAUAACAAACUCCAUAGUACCAGUACUGGUACGGUACUCCGGAGCACCGGAUCGUUCUCUCGGCGUAUCUCGUCUCGUCGGCCUUCGAGUAUCAUAUCUUCUCUCUUUUCUUUAUACAAGAGUGCAAGAGAAAGAGAAAAAGAAAGAAAGAAAUAAAGAAAGAAAUCAAGAAGAAAAGGAAGAAAGAGAGAAAGAAAAAGUCAGGCCGUUUCUAUCGCUUGAGAGAAGCUCUCCUCGAGCAAUAUAACUAUCGGCUUCGAUCACGAAAAUGCAUAACUUGUUGCUCAUAUGUAAGCAGUGAUCCGAAACGUUUUGUCGAUUUCAACCCGCAGACUGUGAAGAAAGAAAGGGGAAAAAACGAAGAAAAGGAACAGGACGAAGAAGAAAGGGAGAAGGAAGAGUAAAAGAAGGAAGAAGUGAAAGGAGCCAGAGGAAAAGGGAAAAACCUGUUUCUUCUGAUUUGAAAUUACAAAGAAAAUGUGCACUUGGGGUUGUUGCCAAUGACGAAUCUCUUCUUUUCUUCUUCUUCGAAACUUUAAGAGGAUGCAUUGAAUUGAGGAGAGAAAACCCUGUUCGAAAGGAAACCAAAAGGAUUUUCUCACAUUGGCUGUUCGUCUAUCUUGUUACCCGCAGCUUAAAGUGCGGUAUAAAAGGAUUCCUUGGAUUAUGAAAAACGUGUAAAAGAAAAAUGGAAGCUACGAUUUCUAUGCCUUUGAACGACUCGAUGAAUUUCGAUAACGAAUCGAUGACAAUAGCUUGUUGAAACGACUGAAAUUAAAUAUUCGAAUAAGGGCUGUAGACUAAAAUCGGAUCGAUUACCGAUAAGCCGAUCAUGACACGUAUCGCGAAAAGAUGAUGACCAGCGGUCAUUGAAGACCGCUAGAAAACUGGAUCUGCAGUCAUCUCAGAAUGGAGGAAAACAUCAGUAUCGCAACGAAUGCGACGGUGAAAAAUUUCGAUUUUUCCGAUCCAUGGGUCAUACUGAGAGCUGUCGUAUUGGCUCUUUUGAUCCUCAUCACUAUUAUAGGGAAUUUGUUCGUAAUAGCGGUGAUCCAAAUGCAAAGGAACCUACGAUCCGUAGCAAAUUAUUUAAUCGUGAGUUUGGCCUUCGCCGACCUUAUGGUUGCCUGCCUCGCCAUGCCACUCGGGGCUGUUUACGAGAUAAACUCGAGAUGGUCUCUUGGGCCGGAACUCUGCGACAUAUGGACGAGCAGCGACGUCCUUUGCUGCACGGCAUCGAUAUUGCAUCUGGUGGCUAUCGCGGUCGACAGAUAUUGGGCCGUCACCGAUCUCAAUUAUACACAGGGAAGGAGUCCAAAGAAAAUCGGUAUCCUGAUUGCCAUGGUUUGGAUUGUUUCUUUGGGAAUUUCAAUGGCACCUCAUUUUGGUUGGAAAGAUCCAGAUUACUUGGAACGUAUAGCAGAGGGUGAAUGUCUCGUCUCCCAAGAUCCAGCGUACCAGAUUAUCGCAACAUGCGCAACAUUUUAUCUACCCUGUCUGCUUAUUCUCUUUCUUUACUGGAAGAUAUUUCAAGCAGCUCGGAAACGUAUCAGAAAGAGACCAGGUACGAUCGUUCAACCCUGUCGCGAAAGAAGAGGCAUCCUACGGCUCGUAACGAGAAGGCAAAGAGAGGAAUCAACAGCGUUCACUAUAACACGUUCAACGCCGGAUCACUCGUCGAUUUCACCGGAAAAGUCGUCGUCGUAUAACGACGGACACGUAGUGCAAUCAACGGUCGUGAACAUUACACCGGUAACGACGAGCACUACAGCAAACUCGUCGAAUUCUACGGAUCAGCCAACGAGCUCAACUGCAGCGACAACGGCAACAGCAACCGCAGCAACGUCAACAACAGCAGCAGCAACAUCAACAACAACCGCAACAACAUCAACAACAGCAGCAGCAACAUCAACAGCAACCGCAGCAACAUCAACAACAGCAGCAGCAACAUCAACAACAGCAGCAGAAACAUCAACAACAGCAGCAGAAACUUCAACAACAGUAGCAGCAACAUCAACAACAGCAGCAGAAACUUCAACAACAGCAGCAGCAACAUCAACAAUAGCAGCAGCAACAUCAACAACAGCAGCAGCAACAUCAACAACAGCAGCAGCAACAUCAACAGCAACAGCAGCAACAUCAACAACAGCAGUAGCAACAUCAACAACAGCAGCAGCAACAUCAACAGCAACAGCAGCAACAUCAACAACAGCAGCAGCAACAUCAACAAGAGCAGCAGCAACAGUGGUAGCAACAUCAACAACAGCAGCAGCAACAUCAACAACAGCGGCAGCAACAGCAGCAACAGCGGCAGCAAUAGCGGCAAUAACAACGACGAUAACGACACCGGCGACAACAACGACGACAACGUCAACGAGUAGGCCAAGUUCGUCGUCAACAUCGACGACGAUACGUCAAGCGACAUCGACGAAGAGAAAUCGUGAAACGAUAGAAUCUAAACGCGAAAAGAAAGCAGCCAAGACAUUGGCAAUCAUCACCGGUGCCUUCGUCGCCUGUUGGCUACCCUUCUUCGUUCUCACGCUUCUACGUGUCAUCUGCGAUCGGUGCCAAAUACCCGACAUGGUAUACAAAGUUUUCCUCUGGCUUGGCUAUUUCAACAGUACUCUCAACCCUGUCAUCUACACCAUCUUCUCACCCGAAUUCAGGCAAGGUUUCAAAAGAAUGCUCUGUAGCUGGAGAAUGGCUCGCUGACAUUGGAUUUAAUUUCCUUUCCCUUAAUACCAUUACCAAUAAUUAAAUCCAUUACGAUCACUACCACCAUCAUCCACGACAACAUAACACCAUUGGUACUACUACCCUCUGAAAGGAGGAAGCUUUAAUAUCUUCUUUCUCUUUUUUUUCUUUCUCUCUCUCUCUCACACACACAUACACACAUAUGCAUGUGAAGAAAUAAUAGCAAAUAAGGAACUUAUCUCUCUUUUAUUUUCUUCAAUUUUUUCAUUCCUUUCAACGCGUCACCAUAAUCAGAGUUUCUUGAUCACAAACGAUAUACAAUCUUCUUUAUUAAUUUAGCCAUGUGAAAAUGUAAGGUUUAAACAAAAAUGACAAAAUUUAUCAAGGUGUAUCAGCUGUUAUUUCCUCUCUCUUUCUCUCUCUCUUUCUGUCUCUCUCCCGUUAGAUUUAUUCAUACAACGCAAGACACACGCGCACGCCUUCACUUUUUCCUCCUCCUUCCUCUCUGCCUUUUCAUUAGUAAAUAGCUAUAUAUUGUAUCUCGUGUAUAUAAAACACAUAUACAUACGUUCUAGGAUAAAAGUCAAAUUUGGAUCAUGGCCAAGAACCAUGAGAUCGAGAAUAUACAUAUAUGAAUACAUAGAUACAUACGUACCCAGCAUUUCUUCUCGCAAAUAUAAUAACGUAUAUAGGUACAUACAUACACGUGUAAUUAAACGUACAUACGAGAUCACGUGUUUUGUCGUGGUCAACAUUGACUUUUUUUUUGUUCUGACGAACGAUUUACCUUUUAGCCAUUCCAACUCUCGGCUGGACCGACAAUUAGUAGUGGGAUCUCUACUGAUCUGAAUCGUUCGACCGAGAGAACGAAAAAAAAGAGAAAGAGAGAAAGAGAGAGAGAUAGGGACCGUAAAUUCUGUGCAUACGAAAGAAAGAGAGAGAAAGAGAGAGAAGUAAAGAAAAGGAAAGAAAAAGACAGAUAGAGAGAAAGAGAGAGAAAUCGAGAAAGAAGUAUUUCGUAAUUACUCACGUCUUUAAAACGCAUUAGAAUGGCUUUUAAAGCAUCGUUUUAAAAAUACAUACUGUUUAAGAUGGCUAUAUCUGUACAUGAUAUUUAUCUAUCCUUUAUUCCAUCUUGUAACAUACGUCUCUAUAGAUACACAACACAUACACAUAUACAGACACGGACACACGCGCGCGCGCGCGUGCACACGCACGUACAUACAAAAUUAGAGCGUAACGAGAAGAAAACGAGGAACUCCGAGGAACUAACGAAUUCUAAUUGUAAAAGAUGAUGAGAGAGAGAUAGAGAGAGAGAGAGAGAGAAAUGUGUCAACUUCGAAUUUGCUUACGAGUAUAUCGCGACCGAUCGUGAGAGGGAAGACUAAAACUUAUUGUUAGCAUGAGCAUAAAAGAGAAAUAGAGAGAGAGAGAGAGAGAGAGAGAGAGACAGAGUAAGAAAAGCAAAUUUGAAUUCUCUGUAUUUGUGAUAAAUUUACGGGGAAGAACUCCCAUAGAGUUCAAGGAUGCUCCUCCAUUCGUUCGAAACCUCCGUUCCCAAAACUUAGUUUGAUUCUUCUCGUUGAAAAGUCGAGUGUGUGUGUCUCGAAAAGUGGAUUUUGCGAGGAGAAAUGUGGAGAUCAAACGAAUUUCAUUCUCUUCGAACAACGGAAUAGACAGAAGAUCGACCUUUUUUAAACUUCUUUCGUUUCUUUUUUUUCUUUUUUAUUUAUUGUGUAAAAAUAUCAGGAUCUUUUUUUAACAGAUUAAUUGGACGAGAAGGAAGAAUUUUUUUUGUAAAUAAAAUUUAUGUUUUUUCAAGAAAAGUUUUUUCCAAGUCUGUCAGUUUAUUCAGUAAAACUAUGCUGAUAUUUAUUUAUUUUCUUUUUCUUUGUUUUAUUUAUAAACAUUCCACGAGUUUUAUUGAUAAAUUAAUAUUUCCGUUCUGACAGAAAUUUUCUUUCGAAGGUGGUCACGCGUAUAUCGCACAUACUACGUACGUUUCGAUCAUUACGAAGAAAUGAAAUAAAUAAAGUAAUUUAAUACCCAAACAUUGAUCAGAUUUUUUGAAAUAUUUUUCUCGACAUUCGAUAAAUCUUGUAUAAAUCGUAAUAUCGUAAAUCUCUUAUCAAAAAAUCUCCGGUUGUCUACUUUUUUCUCCACUUUUCUCCUGUUUCCCUCGAGCGAUUACCGUAUUUCGACGUUAAUAAUAAUGAUUAUUCUUACGAAAUUUCAACGUAAAAAAAAAAAAAAAAGAAAAAAAGAAGAUUUGAAGACUAAAUAAAAUAAGAUGCGGUAUGUAUGUCCCGUCUCUGUAAGAUAGGGUAUACAAGAGGAAAGAGAUAUAUAAUAAGGCUCGUUUCAAGCGAAAUGAAAAAUGUUAGAGAGAAGAUAAAGGCAAAGGUCGUUAGAAUUAGAUAACGGGGAUAUCUUUCUUCAAAGCUUCGAGGUAAAGAUAAUCACUUCUUUCGUACUGAGAUGAAUCUUUUCCCUUUCUUUUUUUCCAUUGUUUUUGUGUGUGUGUGUGUGUGUGUAUAUAUAUAUAUAUAUAUAUAUAUAUAUAUAUAUGUAUGUAUGUGUGUCUGUGUGUAUUUUUCUUUUUCUUUUUUUUUUAUUUCCUGCGAUAAAACUCGCAGUCUAUUUCGAGACGACGCUGUUUUUCCCAUUUACUAUCAUUUCUACCGUGUUAAUAUUUAUCUCUUUUACAGUCUGGACCUUUCUCUUUUGUCUUUGAGCUUUCGCAAUAGUAGAAAUAACACAAGCAAUAUGGUUCAAUGUAGAAAUGAUAUAGAUUCUAUAAUAAUAAAAUAUUCUAUAAUAUAAAAAUUUUGACAUUUUUCUAUUCGGUGACAGAAUAGAUCGCUAAAGUUUAACAGGUCGUUAUAAUUGCAUGUUCGAAGAUUAAAUUAUUUUUCGUUUUAUUUUUUCUUCUUCUUCUUUUUUUUUUUAUUAUUCUCUUCGCGAUAUCUGUGUAUAUUUAUAUAUAUAUUUUUUCUUCAACGUGAUCGAUCAAAUUUUCAUUCAUGAUCGUGAAUGAUUUUUUAUUCAACAAUUUAUACUUUAUCGUGUUGUUAAUAAUUUUUUGUUUACUUUAUAUUUUUGAUAACGGCAAAGGAUAAAAAUAAUAAUAUAGAAAAAUCUCAAGAUAGAUUCAUGUAAAAUUCAAAAAGUUUUCCAUUUAGAAAAGUAACGGGAAAGAUAACAAUCGUUCGAAAGAUACUUCUUGUUUUAUGCAUACGCGUACGCAAUCGCAAUUUUAUUCUUCUUUUCCCGUAAUAUUAUCACAACGAAUAACGGACAAUUUGAAAAGUUACGAUAAAAUUGCGAAGUUUCGAAUGGAAAUCAGACAUAUUGCAACGCUCGUAUUUCGUCAGAACGAAGACAAAAGCAAUUGUUUCGUGGAAUACCGGUAUCGCACGCAAAUUGCAUACGAAGUGUAAUUUAACGAAAUCAUAGGCAAACAAGCAGGCAAACAGGGAACUGUAAUACUGUAUCGCAUUUAGGGUUACCAGACAUUUCCGCUGGAAGAAACCAGCUCUGGAUAUUUCGUGCGAAGAACUUAUGCUAAUGCUGUUAAUGUAAAGACACGUGAAAGGUAAAAAAGAAAAGGAAAAGGAAAAAGAAAAAGAAAAAGAAAAAGAAAAUAAGAAAAAAAGGGAAAAGAAUAAAAUAUUUAUAAAAAGACUUUUGUGAGCGAGUGUGCGAAUAUGUUCUCUGUUGUGUUUUCGUGCGUGUGCGUGUGCGAGUGUACAUGUAAAUCUCUCCGUAUAGACGAAAGACGAAUUUUAACGAGAGCGUCGCGUAGAUCGAAUUGUUACAACGUUAUAUCGCUACACGUGCCGUUCUUUUUAAUCUUUUCUUUUUUAUUUUUAUUUUCAUUUUUUUUUGGGGGGGAUGGGAGAUUUUUUUUCUGUUUAUUUUUUUUCACAAUGUUAUAAACUCGUUAAGUCGAAAAUAAAAAGAAAAGCAAAUGUUAAAAGACGUGCCAUUCGUUGCAUCUUAACAACGUCUAAGCUCGGCCCAACCUUUUUAGAUACAACAUUCGGAAAUGUCUUAUUCGAUCUCGUCGUUCCUAUUAAAAAAAUUUAUUCGCUACUCUCUACAUCAUAUUUAAAAAAAUUAAAACGUCUGUAAUAAUGUUCGAUUUCACUUUGAAAAAUAUUUUAACGAUUUAAAUAUUAUUUCUUCUACGAUAAAUAGAAUCAAUGCGAUAUUUUGUUACAUUUGUUUGACUCAAUGUUUCGCUAUUGUCGAAAACAAAACAAAAAAAAGAGAGAGAAGAAAACACACGUGUAAAUAUUUAGAAAAUGUCGUUGUAAUAUCAAAGAGAAAGCUUCGAAACAAAAAACCAAAUAAAAAAUUCUGCAGAACGAACGCAUUUCGUGAUAGCUGAUUGCAUAAGACACUCCCAUCAGUUGUGCCUAACAAGGAAAUAAGCAAACGUCUGAUAAUCCUGCUACAUCGCUCGUUCCUAGAAAGAAAGAGAGAGAAAGAGAGAGACAACGAUCUUUCCGCAUUAAUAAUCACGUUAGUUUCGUCUUCCACGAUAUCUUAUACUCAUUUAUCAUUCUCGAAUCCAAGCAUCGAAACACGAAUGUUUGCCCGUCAAAUAUCUCUAAAAAUUUGAAUUACAUUAUAUCACUCUUAAUCUUUCUCUCUUUCUCUAUUUCUCUGUUUCUUUCUUCUUCUUCUUUUUCUUCUUCUUCUUCUUCUUCUUCAACGACUAAUAAAAAAAUGAAAGACAGAGGUAGAAAGAAAAAGAGAGAAAGAGAGAGAGGAAGAGAUAUAUAUAUACUUAUAUAUAUAUAAAUAUAUAUACAUGAAAAAAACUCGAUGUAUCCCGAUUAUCUUACGAUUUACAUCGCAAUGCUCCGCUAUUUAUCGACGUUAUGCCUAAGAUUGUUAAAUGAAAAAAAAAGAAAGAAUAAAAAAAUUGCCAGAGAAAAAUGAGAGAGAGAGAGAGAGAGAGAGAGAGAGGAAGAGAGAGAAUAAUCUUUAAAUAAAAAAAGACAAGAUUGAAAGAACUUAGGAAAAAGUGACGUAGUUAUAUGAUUAAAAGAAAAAAAAAGAAAAGAAAAAAAAAGGAAAAAAAAAAGAAAGAAAAAAGAGGAAAAAAGAAGAAAAAAAACAAGCGAUAUUAUUAGUAGUUGAAAGUACAGUCGAAGCGUGCGUGCAUUGUAUAAAAGAAAACAAGAGAAAUUGAAAGAGAAUGUAAGUAUUAUACUUACGUACGUACGUACGUACGUAUGCGUCGUUAUGUAUGGGUGUGCGAGAUAGGGAGAAAUAAUAAUUUAAAUUUAAUCGCAUUUCGCGUAGGACCAUUCAAGAGGCUCAUGAUUCUCUCGACAGAAAAGAAAACAUUUUCUGCGUUGAUGAAGACUAAAUAGGAAACGUGUAUUUAAAAUGCGGCCGCUUGCUUUAUAUUUAUUCCCUCUCGAUAACAAUCGUAAAACGACGAUUACGAUAGUGAAAUGAGGAGAUGAUGAAGUAAUACGUUUAAAUAAAUCGAAUUACGAAGGGUUUCGAAAGAAUCAA